AUGUCUAAACGGGAAAUAGCUUACGAACUUCACAAGCCAGCAAGGAAAAAUUUCACUAGGCGUAGAGUUAACGUCUAUGGGAAAAAUGAUUUAUGGCAAGCCGACUUGGUUGAAAUGAUUCCUUAUUCAAAAAUAAAUGGCGGUUACAAAUAUUUUCUGGUUGUGAUUGAUUGUUAUACAAAGUUUUCUUGGUCUAUACCAUUAAGAAAUAAAUCUGGGAAGGAAGUUUCUAGCGCGAUGGCUACAAUAUUACGUGAUCGUUCACCAAAACUUUUACAAGUCGAUAAUGGUAAAGAAUUUUAUAACACCAUCUUCGACGCUUUGAUGACCAAGUAUGGCAUACAUAAAUAUUCAAUCGUAGCUAUCGUAGAGGUCCAAUGCAUUCUUGGAGCAAAAAAUAAAUAUUUUAUUAAAGAAAUGUCUAUAGUCGACACAGCAACGUGGGCAACUCAACACUGGAUUUUUAAAAAUUCAAAAACUAUGCAAGACAACAAGAGUCGAAAAACUAACAAGUGGCUGGAACAUAACUAUCAUAAACUAACUAUAGAGUAUGGUGAUGUUGAAUAUGAAGAAUUAAGUAGAAUAUUGAACUCAUUAAAAUUCACCUGCAUUUAUGUCAAAGGCGAACAGAAAAAACAGAUGCUCGCAGAAUUUAUACCUCAAGUCGCACUUUUUUUUUUUUUCUUGCAUAUGGCGUAG